GCCUUGGCUCGCAUGGGAACCGAGCGAUUACUUCAAGAGGCCCGGGUUAAGUGCAGGCAGGGGGAGAAUUCAAUCCACAUUCAAAUUGCUUCAUUAAAGAGACGCAGCUUUUGUUGCAAAGGAUUUAAAUGGCCACUAGAAAGUUCUUAUUUAUUGUUUUGAGGCGGUUUAUAUAGGGUGCCCCGCGCUCGCCCGGCGCAUGGAGCCGCAGCCUCCCUCUCCCGCUCUCUCCAUCAAGGUGAUGCCGCCGGAGCCGCUGCCCAAGGGGAGCGCCCGCUGCCUGGACCCGCACUCCCGCGCCAUGUCGCAGCCCGACGGGGAGCCUCUGCCUGGAGCCCUGGAGAAGGAGGACGCCCGCUCGGCGCCCAGCACCCCUUCCACGCCGUCCGUCUGCUCCCCGCCAUCCUCUUCCUCCUCCACGCCGUCCGCCGGCAAAAACGUCUGCUCCAGCUGCGGGCUGGAGAUCCUCGACCGGUACCUGCUGAAGGUGAACAACCUCAUCUGGCACGUCCGGUGCCUGGAGUGCUCCGUGUGCCGCACCUCGCUGCGCCAGCAGCACAGCUGCUACAUCAAGAACAAGGAGAUUUUCUGCAAGAUGGACUACUUCAGCCGGUUCGGUACCAAGUGUGCCCGCUGUGGCAGGCAGAUCUACGCCAGCGACUGGGUGCGGCGGGCGCGGGGCAACGCCUACCACCUGGCCUGCUUCGCCUGCUUCUCCUGCAAGAGGCAGCUCUCCACCGGCGAGGAGUUCGGCCUGGUGGAGGAGAAGGUGCUGUGCCGGAUCCACUACGACACCAUGAUCGAGAACCUCAAGCGAGCGGCAGAGAACGGCAAUGGGAUCACGCUGGAGGGGGCUGUGCCCUCGGAGCAGGACAGCCAGCCCAAGCCGGCCAAGAGAGCCCGCACCUCCUUCACCGCCGAGCAGCUGCAGGUCAUGCAGGCACAGUUUGCUCAGGACAACAACCCCGACGCACAAACGCUGCAGAAGCUGGCGGACAUGACGGGGCUGAGCCGCAGGGUCAUUCAGGUUUGGUUUCAAAACUGCAGAGCCCGCCAUAAAAAACACACCCCGCAGCACACGGUGCCGCCCUCGGGAGCGCCCCCGUCCCGCAUCCCCUCCUCGCUGGCCGACGACAUCCACUACUCGCCCUUCAGCAGCCCCGAGCGGGCCCGGAUGGUGACACUGCACGGAUACAUCGAAAGUCAUCCUCUUUCAGUACUGACUGCGGGGACUCUUCCUCACGUGCCCGUGGCCCUGCCAGCACCGCUGCCCCUCAGCCGCUGACAGCGCCCAGCCCUCGGCCGCCGGUCCCGCGGGAGAAGCUCAGCCCCAGCGCUCGCAGUUCCUUCCACUGAGCAGCACCUCGCGCCCGCUCCGAUUUCUCCAGCGACACUCUGUGUGUGUGUGUGUUGAGUGCACAGUUACAUUUUACACUUGUUUCUUGUGGACUUGUAGAAUGACCGUGAGUCUCUUCCAAGGCAGUGCCAGCCACAGUCAAAACUGGUGACUCUACUGUGCUCGCAAGUCUCGCUCCCAAACCCACGGGAAUAUGAACGACCCAGAGCACGCUGAGCUCAGGGGGGGUCGAUGAUCACCUCUGAACACAAAGGAAGGAGGAAUUUUCGUGGUUUGGCCUGAUUCUCUCUUUGCACCAGUGAAGCAGUUCCUGGACAUCCCUCCUUCUUUCCACUCGCAUGUGUGAAAUCUGAAAUUGGCUUUAUGGCUCAGCAGCUCGAUAUAUAGACAGACCUCCCUGAGCCAAACUCGCAGGUAGCUGAGACUCCACUGAGUGGAAAACAUGAUGCCAGCUGGAAAUAGGCAGUUUUUCUUCCUCCUCAAAGUGCUUUAGAAUCACAUGUCCUUUGAUCACUCAAAGGUAAGUAAAUCUUAGUGUUUUUCCCCCCGUUUUGUAGGAGGGGAAGCAGAGAUGUCCUAAACUGAGAGGAACCAUGAGGGUUGGUGGCAGAGCCAGGUUUAGCACCCUGAAGUUUUUGAUUGCUGACUUGUUCUUAGAACACUGAAUAUCUCUCUCCUCUCACAGCCAUCUGCCAAAUUUUUUUUUUUUUUAAGAUUUUUACUCUCAUUCUUUAUUAACAAGCUACUUAAUUUCCUUGGAGUCAUAUUGGAUCAUAAAUGGGUGAUUUCAGAAUGCACCUACAGAAAACUCUCAGACAAUCCAUACUCUGGGACUGGGAAAUGCUUGAUGGAAGGUGGUCAUAAAGGUGUAGAAAUGUUCUGCCCUGCUGUGGACUCAAGUUCAGUCAGUGGAAAGAGUUGGGUAGAAACUGGAGACCACUUAAAAAGGUGAAAGCCACAGUAAGGCCAGCAGGAACCGUCGCUAGCCAAGUGGACAGCAAGGGGAUGGCAUCUUCCUUUGUCUGGUAGCAUGGUUCUGAUCCCCUCUGCCCUCCUGGUCUCUCUUGCUGGGGUAGGGCUGCUGGUCCUGCCAGGCCCUGGGAUGAGGGUGCAUCCCAGGAGAAUGGCUGGGCUCAUGGCAACAGCACAGGAAGUGCUCAGCAGUCUGGCCCCAAGUCAGGAAAAGGACUCCAAAACGAUCCCAUCCUUCACUGAUGGUAAUAACGAAAGCCAAACAUGAGACCUCUGCCAGCCCUUCUCAGUUUGCACCGAGCCAAGAGCAGGUCUGUAACCAAACCUCUCUCCACGCAAGCACAUGGGCCUGUCCUGCUGUGAAGUGUCUGUGAGGCUGCUCUUCCAAGAAUGUGAAAGCCUACCCUGAGCCACAGCCAGUGAGGGAUGUGACUGAGCCGUGCCCGAGGAGCAGGAGAUGGGAAUCCAUCUGCUCCGUAACUUGUUUUUAAUUGGAACUGUAGACACACGUGUUUUCCUCUCUGGGAGAUCCCGCAUCAAUCCACGGCAUGGGCCAGGUGGGCAACCAUCCCAGUGCUCUGGCCAGCCCACGCUGCACACGUGGGGAGCCUUCUCCUGCCCGCGUCCCCGAGCUCCGUGUGACACCAGCAGCCGGACACGCGGCUCCGCCGAACCACCAGGGACGCUCCAGCAGUGGCGUGGGGAGAUGGGCACGUCUGCUGAGGUGGCCACUGAGAUCUCUUGGCUGGAGAAGCAGCUGAGUGCAACACACGUGGAUGUUGGUUGGAACAAGUCCACACACACACACACACACACCCCCUCCUGUGUGUGUCCGUGUACUGAGCGAUGGUACUACCUCGGACAGCUGGGCCAGUGUCUGUCAAACUGCAGCCAGCAGCUCUAGUCCCAGUUCAAAAUAACAUUUGAAAGGAGAGAGGGGAAUUAAGUCCACAAAAUGCUAUUGUCACCUCCAGCUGUGUGAGUGACCAUUCCCAGAGUGUGACCAGUGACGAGGCGCUGCCACACGCCUGACCUGACUGGAGCCACCUCUGCAGAGGCGUCCCUUGGGGAGGGGACAGUCACCAGUGGCACCAGGUGCAUCCUUUUUGUCCUUUUCAUAGAAAUGAGGGAAGGAUGAGUGCUCCCUUGGCUGGCUGUUGGUGAGUGUUUGUCAUCACAGGUUGAGGUGGUUGCUGUGCCAGCCUUGAGAUGCUCGUGGGGGCCGGGGGGGUCACCGGGGCCUGACUUUGUUCUCCAUUUGUGCUUGCACAUCCUAAUGACCAUUUAGUUGUGGAAUUAGUGCCAUAAAGGAAUGGGUAGUUAUUCCAUUUGACUCAGAAGGAGAGAUUCAGGCUGUAACUUGCCCUGACAUCCCACAGUCUCUGAGAUUGCCACAACUGUCCUGUUGAGGGAGAAAGGGGUUUGAUGUGUUUCUCCCUUCUGUAUUGGCAAUGCAGUGAAAGGGAAACUAUGAAAUAUGUAUCUGCUGAAUACCAACUCUGUCAGAAAAACCCCCCUUGGAGAUGUCCUGGCUAUCCAAGGGUUUGUAAGCAGUGCCACGGCAGGGCCCAGGGAAUGUCGGUGUUUCUCUCCAGGGAUGUGGGCUCACCACAGACUGUGCUCGGGGCACUUCCCCCCAUAAGUAGCCAGGAGCAGCUUUGCUAAUUCAGAAAUCAGGCUCUGUUUAUAUUAAGCCCAAAUUGUUUGCAAAAACUGGAAGCAAUUCAGCUUGUGCAGUUUUAGAGCUAAUUAUGUGUAUGGAAAAUACUCAACUGUACCAAGAAUGUAAGAAAUCUUCUAAUUUAUUCAAUACAUUGUUUCACAACAUAUUUCACACUGACUGUUGCCACUGAACCAAACCUUAUCUCAGGUCAUUUGCAUUCAUCUCCUGUCUGUGGAUUAAAAAAAAAAAUAAAAUUAAAGUCAUUCUCAUUUUCUUAGUUUAUUCAGUAAUUGCCAGAUGGGUUCUGGUGCAGCAAUGCAGACUCCACGCACUAAACUUUUCCAGUUGCUAUUUGCAAACCCUUUUGCAGACAGAAUCCACUGAAGACAGCCAGUGAAAGACUCUUCACUCCAGUUUAAUAAGGUGACUAACAGAGCUCGGCUCUGGAAGUGGGAUGGUUUCAGGUUUUAUCACCAGUGAUUUUUUCUGGCUCAUGCUGGUUAACCCAAUGCCCGAGCUAAAGGUGCUUACAGAACUCACUCGUUGGGACAGGGAGUGGGAACCAAUCCUGCACUACUAUCAGUGAUUUAUCUGUAGGAUGCCAACUAAACACCAGUUUUAUUUCAUCUGCCAAUCAUUUUGUUGUAGCAUGUUGCAAUUCUGCAUGUCUUGGCUACAAUGGUUAAAAAAAAAAUUUUCUCUGAAUGAGUGGACAGUCAAGACUAAUAUUUAUUUUAAAAAAGUAAAACAAAAUUGUAAGCACUUUUUGUAAAACCAAUGUCUGUUUUGUUACAUACUUUUAAUGUUGUGCUUUGUAAAUGUCUUAUUUGUGUAAUAAAUAAAGUUAAUGCAAGUAGAA